AUGGCCGACAGCCACGGCUGGUGGAAGCUGACCUUCCUGCGGAAGCGCCGGUCGGCGCCUACGGUGCUGUACGAGAGCCCCGACAGCCACGCUGCCGCUGACAGCGAGAGCCAGGAGGGGCCGGGCGAGGAGGGGCCGCCCGGCUUCACCGCCCGCCUGGAGAAGAUCGUGGACAAGAGCAGCAAGGGCAAACACGUCAAGGUCUCCAACUCGGGACGCUUCAAGGAGAAGAAGAAAGUGCGGGCGACGCUGGCCGAGAACCCCAACCUCUGCACCGCCAGCGAGCGGGAGGAGAAAUGA